AGACGAUUUUCACUAUAAAAGCUAGUCAGCCUAGGCACAGAACAUCAGUCAAUUGUUGUACACCGCAAGUGUUCGAUUUAUCAAACUUUUUCUAAGUCAACCUGUUAGGUUCACAAAACUUCAACUGCCAAAAUGUUCAAGCUGUUCGUUUUCUCCUGCCUGAUCGCCGCCGCCGUCGCUGCCCCAGCCCCAGGACUUGUGGUUGCUAGUCCAGUGGUUCAUGCCGUCCAUGCUGCCCCCGUUGCCGUGAGCCAUUCCUCAUCGCACGUUGUGCACCACGCCCCAGUAGUCAAGGCCGUCGUGGCCCACCACUCCCCAGUCGUUGCUGUCCACCAUGCCCCAAUUGUCCACGCCGCCCCGGUCAUCAAGGCUGUCCCCGUUGUGCACCAUGCCCCAAUUGUGACCAAGACCAUCGUUUCCUCCCCAGUGGUCCACUCCGUGCACCCAGUCCCAGUCGUCAAGAGCGUCGUCCACAGCCCGGUCCUCCUCCACUAAACUCCCUUCCGAACGGGGGCAUCCAUCAAAAAGUCUGCGCUUGCGACGUGCAACAUACAAAGACUAGCAUCGAAUACUCUUCAUCCAAAACUGCGAUUAGAAUUGUACAUAAAUGAAACCAGUACUGUGCCCGUUUUUUUACACACAAACACACAAUUUCAAGAACAGAUUGAGUCUAGUGAAACAAUGCGAUAGAUAAGAUCGAAGCAAUUGCAAUAAAUCAAAAUACAUGUAACUUUGUUCAAAAAGUUAAACAAA